CCUUCACUAGAUUUCUGUCAGGCAGACCUGUUGCAACAUAGCACUUUUGCAAAGUAGAGGAACUGGUUUAGACACAUGCAGCACAAGGCAGCUGGGGUGAUUUUGCAAAGUGGUUGGUGCAUACAAGUCUGCAUUUAAGGAGGGUUGGAUUCCAUGAGCUCCUUACACGGAGGGUGUGUAGUGGAUAUUGGAGUUGUGACUGUGACAGUAACUUUCAUGGAAGUAUGCAGGCAGAAAAUGUGUCACAACUGAUAGUUGCAUGAUGCAAUUUUUUAUCGUGACUCUUGAACCAAGUUGAGCGAGGUUUAUCCUGUGGACUUUGUGACCCUCUGGAUACACUGUAUCGCAGAUGGCAAACAGAGACGCAGACACAGCGCUCUCUGCUGCACUGGAGGGGACACUGCAGCCUGGCUGCUUCACGCUGGCUCCCCAGGACCUCUCUGGGCCUCCUGUUGUCCAACCCUACCCACGAUCACCAAAGCUGCUCCGCAAGAGAGAGCCCACAGCAGCUCCUCUCACACAGGAGCAGCUGUCUAGAUACCUAGAGGAACUGAAGGCAGAAGAGGCCAGGACAGAGGCUCACCUUCAGUCCUUGAAGAAACGCAGAGCCAACAUAGUCAAAAGCGUGGAGGUGAUGAAACAGCAGGUGAAGGAGCGUUUUGACGUGAUGCGCGCUGCCCUGCAGAGGGACGAGCAGGCAGUGAAAGACUCCCUGGAGCUGGACCGGCGGGAGACCAGCACCAAGCUCAAUCAGGUCAUCAAGGACUGGCAGCAGCACCUGAGUGCUGUCCAGAAGAACAUCAACACCGCUCAGAGCGCUAUGGCAGCAAAAGGCAAUGCAACCCCUUCUACGGAUUUGCUAGAAGAAGUGAGUUGCCAUAAGAAGUCAGACACUGCUGAGGAGAGUAUCAGGCUGAACCAGGAGAGGUUCCAGGACCUACUCCGGAGACUCCAACAGAUCUCCACAGACCUGCAAGCUCAGCUACAGAGGAAGACCUUCUUACUUGAUGUAUCAAAUGUGGUGAUUGACAACGUCACCAGCCAUCCACAGAUCGCCAUUACAAGAGAAGGACAGAGCAUAUGCAUCUCCCCUGAGCCCAUUGGCGCUCAAAGUCAGUCGCACCCCCUGCAGUUUGACCAGGUGUACUGCGCCCUGGCCACCUCACCCAUCACCUCUGGGCAGCACUACUGGGAGGUGGACGUGCGCUGCUGCCCCGCCUGGGCAGUGGGCGUGACCUACUGCACCUUGCAGAGGAAGGGGCGGGACAAAGGUGCAAAGCUGGGACGCAACAGGAUGUCCUGGUGCGUAGAGCUCCGCGAUGGGCGUCUAACGGCGUGGCACAACGACCGCCACGUGGUGCCGACGGGUAUCCGCGGUGGGCGCGAGCGUCCAGGGACGGUGGGUGUGCUCGUGAACUACGAGAAGGGCCACGUGGCGUUUUACGAUGCCGACGGGAUGGAGCUCCUGCAGGAGUUUUCGGCUAAGCUGACGCCCGUGUUUGACCGGGUGCACCACCAGUUCGUGGAGCCCCUCUACCCAGCCCUGCGCUUCCUCAGGCCCCAGGAGGGGCAGCAAGGUCUGGGGCCCAGUCACAUGGAGAUACCAGACCUCAUGGCCUGACCUUAACAGGAGGGAAAUUGAGGAGAAGCCUAAUGGUGCUGUUCCCUAAGGUGUCUAUUUCAUAAAUUCAGACUUUGGUUCAAGACUGACUGACUUCGUUUCGCAUACCAGAGAUAACAGAGGUCAUUGAAAUUUCAUUAGAAAUGAUGACCUUCCAUAACAUUUACAUGUUCGAGGUGCAGUUAUAGGGUUAAUGGGGAUAUAGUUAUAGUUUAGAGCAGACUCCUAUGUUAGUGAAUGUAGUGUAGAUAUUUGGGCUACUGCAAGAAUUCAGAUGUACACGUAAUGCAUUAUGGAUUCUGAAGUCAAUAUUUUGGCAUCAAGGCAGUGUGGUGCAUUAGGCAAGUUUAAUGUAAUUAAAGACACUAUUGUUAAGCAUAAUGGAGCAUCUAUUCAUUAGUGGGCAUCAUAUCUACUGUAUCUUUCCUGUAUAAUAUAUCCCUUUUACAUCACAAUAUGAGCUGCACUGUAUUCCCACCCACAUAACCUGCUUCUCGAAUAAGGGUCAUUGACAUUUUCAGUAGCAAAAGAGAGGUGGCUCAACCGUAGCUAAUUCUGUUAUUGUAGGGAUUAAUAGAUAUUUUAGUACAAACCCCAACUCCAUAGAAGUUGGGACGCAAGCUUAAUUGUGAAUAAUAACAAAAUACUGCCAUUUUCAAAAAGUCUGGUUCUGACAUUAGUUGGAGAACGGUACAAAGAAAACAUAUCAGCUUAAAUGGUAGGUGUAUUCCUUGUCAUGUUUUUCAAUGUUUUCCUUUCUGUAGUGCUUACAGUGUGACAGGUCUUGACCAAAAGCCAGCCAUUUUAUGUCCUGCUGGUCCUUAUGUUGGAGUUAAACUGUUAAAACAUAGUAGAGAAUGCAAUUUGUCCUUACUAUGUGGCAGUAAUCGAAGAUCUCCCUUCAAAAUAUAAUGCACAAGUGGCUUUUCAUGCUGUUUAAAACCCAUUUAUUUCAUUCAGUACUGUAUUCAAUUCUACUGGUGAGUUAGAACAGCUUAACCAAUGUACUACUGCACCCCCAUGCCAUCAUGGAGGCUGACUUUUAGUUAGCACUAACACAAGUUGCAUGGUCAAUUUU